AUUUGUGUGUUGUGAACAAAGGCACUUGAGUUAAAAACCAAAAAAGCCUAAUGCAAAUUUCGCUAUUGCUAAAGUGUUCAUUGCUAAUUGCUCAUUGCUUAAUGCUAAUGCCCCUAUUUUCUGUGUGAGAUCGCCCUUCUAUUCCCUUUUCUCUCUUUCUGAUCCAACCUCACAUUCGAUUUCCAAUGGCUAAUAAUCAUUGCUGUUCAACUCAACUUAUUGAUGGAGAUGGUACAUUCAAUGUAACUGGGAUUGAAAGUUUCAUGAAGGAGGUGAAAUUUAGUGAAUGUGGGCUUUCGUACGCUGUAGUUUCCAUUAUGGGUCCACAAAGUAGUGGCAAGAGCACGCUGUUAAACAAUUUGUUUCGUACCAAUUUCCGUGAGAUGGAUGCUUUUAAGGGAAGGUCUCAAACAACCAAAGGAAUCUGGAUGGCUAGAUGUACUGGGAUAGAGCCUUGUACCAUUGUGAUGGAUUUGGAAGGAACAGAUGGAAGAGAACGUGGAGAGGAUGAUACUGCAUUUGAAAAGCAGAGUGCUUUAUUUGCUCUUGCUGUCUCAGAUAUAGUGCUAAUCAACAUGUGGUGUCAUGACAUUGGCCGUGAGCAAGCUGCUAAUAAGCCACUCUUGAAAACUGUCUUUCAGGUUAUGAUGAGAUUGUUUAGCCCACGCAAAACGACAUUGUUGUUUGUCAUACGUGACAAAACGCGGACACCACUUGAAAAUUUAGAACCUGUCUUGCGAGAAGAUAUUCAGAAGAUAUGGGACUCGGUUCCUAAACCACAAGCCCACAAGGAAACCCCACUUAGUGAAUUUUUUAAUGUUGAAGUUACUGCUCUUUCUAGUUAUGAAGAAAAAGAAGAGCAAUUUAAGGAGCAGGUUGCCAACUUGAGGCAACGAUUCCAGCACUCCAUCGCUCCUGGUGGGCUUGCAGGGGACAGGCGAGGAGUAGUUCCUGCAUCGGGCUUUUCUUUUAGUGCUCAGCAAAUCUGGAAAGUCAUCAAAGAGAACAAGGACCUUGACCUUCCUGCACAUAAGGUAAUGGUUGCCACUGUCCGAUGUGAAGAAAUUGCCAACGAGAAAUAUGCCACUUUUUCUGCAAAUGAGGAAUGGUGCCAAUUAGAAGAAGCCGUACAAUCAGGCCCUGUUCAGGGGUUUGGAAAAAAACUCAAUUCACUCCUAGGUGCUUGUUUGUCAGAGUAUGAUCUUGAAGCCACUUAUUUUGAUGAAGGUGUGAGAUCUGCAAAACAAAAACAACUCCAAGAAAAAUUGUUGCAACUUGUCCAACCAUCGUUCCUUUCUGCGCUGGGACAUAUAAGAUCUGGAAUAGUGGAUAAAUUCAAGGAUGUAUUUGACAAGGCUUUGAAUAGAGGUGAAGGGUUUUCUUUGGCUGCCAAAAACUGCAUUGAGUCUUCUAUGGCUCAAUUUGACGAAGCUUGCGCAGAUGUUGUAAUUGAACUAGCAGACUGGGAUACAUCUAAAGUAAGGGAGAAACUGCGGCGUGACAUUGAUGCACAUGUGGCAUCUGUACGUGAUGCUAAGCUUUCUGAACUGACUUCAUCGUAUGAGGAAAAACUUAAAGAAGCCUUGUCUGGACCUGUUGAAGCUCUUUUGGAUGAAGCAAGUGGUGAUACUUGGUCAUCAAUAAAGAAACUUCUUAGGCGUGAGACUGAAUCAGCUGUCUCAGGGUUCUCUGCUGCACUUGCUGGGUUUGAUAUGGAUGAAGAUACGAGACAGAAAAUGAUUUCGAAUAUAGCAGAUUAUGCUAGGGGUGUAGUAGAAGGAAAGGCUAGGGAUGAAGCUGGAAGAGUUCUAAUCCGGAUGAAGGAUAGGUUUACGAUGUUGUUUAGCCACGACACUGAUUCAAUGCCUCGUGUAUGGACGGGCAAAGAAGAUAUCCGUACCAUCACAAAGACUGCUCGCUCUGCUUCUUUGAAGUUACUGUCUGUCAUGGCUGUUAUUCGUUUGGAUGAUGGUGAUACUGAUAAUAUUGAGAAAACAUUAGCCGUUGCAUUGAUAGAUUCAUCAAGCAGUAAUGUUACUGAUAGGAGCAUCACAACGGUUGAUCCGCUAGCUUCUAGCACAUGGGAAAAGGUACCAUCCUCUAAGACAUUGAUUACACCUGUCCAAUGCAAAUCCUUGUGGAGGCAAUUCAAGACAGAGACAGAAUACAGUGUCUCUCAGGCCAUUUCUGCACAGGAGGCCAACAAGCGUAAUAACAACUGGUUACCUCCUCCAUGGGCAAUACUUGCUUUGAUUAUUCUCGGAUUUAAUGAAUUUAUGACACUCUUAAGAAAUCCGUUGUAUUUGCUUGUCAUCUUUAUUGGUUAUCUUCUCAUCAAAGCCCUAUGGGUGCAAUUGGACAUUACGGGUGAAUUUCGCCAUGGAGCUCUGCCGGGACUCUUAUCCUUGUCUACCAAAUUCGUUCCAACUGUCAUGAACCUUAUGAAAAAACUAGCAGACGAGGGUGCAGAUAACAAUACUCACAGAAAUCCACCAAAAGGCGAUUACAAGGCUGCUAAUGAUGGUAGUGCUGCAUCUUCCAGUGCUUCAUCAAAUGUAAGUGUGCUUGACAACGGAACCAAACACAACAGAACUGAAUACUCCAGUUCAUCAAAAUUCGAGUAGAUGAAAGAACUCAUCUGAUACGGUAGAGAAAUUUCAUUUGUUGGAAGAUGGUGAUGUCUGCUGGCUGCAUCCUUGGUUUUUUAUCUUGUCCACGAAACAUGAUUUCUGAGCAUAUUCAUGACAUUCUCAAAGGCAUUGGUUUUAGCACAAGUGCCAUAUAUACGAAGGGGGCAUUGUUUUGUUCCUAAUUAAUCCCCCUUAUAAUAGUUUUCUUUUAAUUUUGGGGCUUCAUUUAGUGGAGUUGACUCCUACGUGGUCUUUCAUGGUUAUGCUGGUUUUGCAGUCAAUUUUGUUUGUAAUUCAAUCAUUGUUUUCCUAUUGUAUCCUUCUGAAAAUUUAUUGAUUGGAAUCGUGUAUUUAUAUUAGAUUUAUAAGAUUUACUUA